AUGGAGAUCAGUGUCGGCCAAUCGGAAGGCGGCCACAAGCGGUACCAGCGCACGUACCUAGCCUGUAGAAACUGUAGACAAAGAAAGGUCAGAUGUGAUCUAGGUGAUCCACUGAAACCACUCCUGGUUUGUGCGCGCUGUCGAAGAGAAAGGAGGGCGUGUGUGUUCGAGGCGAAGAAGAGGAGAAGCGUGGACUCACUUGUGGUGGCCAACAAUGAGGAACCUGGCGCGACUGAAGAUAUGCUCGGGAAUCUGAAUUAUUCCACUGGAGGCGUGGAAAGUGCGAAGUCCCCGAAACAUUUCUCCACGAUGAAUGGCGCCCUUGCAUUUUUAGCCAAUGCGGCCGGAAGGAUGGCUGCUGAUGAGAAAAAGGAUGAAGUUGUAGAUAUGAACCAGGCACCUAGUGUUGGCCACUCCGAUACAUCGCAUAGCCUGACUCCCGCUGAAACCCCGCGUAAUGAAGAUAAGAUUCCUCUCACGAUGCUCUCGCUGGUUCCGCCAUAUAUGAAUAAUGGCGGCGAUCCCUAUUCCUCGUCGCCCUCAGUGCGGGCACGGUCUCGGAACAGUCUCUUCGGGGAAAAGAAGCCGCGGAAUGAUAAGAACGGGCUCUUUCGCAAUAAUCCAGCGGAUCCACUUCGGCCGGAUCAUGUGGCUAGAAGUUAUUCAUUGCCAGUAGGUCUGAAUAAUUAUCAAUAUGCGAACUUCGCAAGUACUCCCCCGCUGCUGAAACAAGAAUCAAUACCUGGCGAUCAAUUCCCGGUUCCGGUUUCUAGCUCACUGCACUUCGUCGCUGCGGAUAGGAAUCAGGCUGAAGGAUAUCCAAGAACAAACUUGCGGGCAAAUCUUUCCGACGCUCAGAUCAACAAAGCUGCCUCGUUGGAGGAUAUCGAAUACAUUGGUGAGCUCGGCAUUCUCACGGCAUCUGAGGCUGAUUACUUCAUCAGAAUGUACUUUUCUACUCUACAUCCAUUCUUUCCUCAUAUCCCCAAGUUUUUGCAUCUGCCAAAAGUCUUGAGCGGGUAUCCAUUGCUUCUUUGUGCAAUUCUUACAAUAUCUGCUCGAUACCACCCACUAGAAAGCUCGUCUGCUGAUGGAACUCGCCGCAAUAUCGAAAUUCACGAUCGCCUUUGGCUACAAGUUCAGGGCAUGAUCUCUAGGACUGUAUGGGCCGAGGCUAGUACACGCUCCAUUGGAACCGUUUUUGCAUUUUUGCUUCUUACGGAAUGGAACCCGCGUGCAAUUCAUUGGCGUUCCUCGGACUAUGCAAAUAAGGCAGAGGAUAUGACGGAUACAAGAGACUCCGACUCGAUUGCAACUGACUUCCCCAUGAACUCUGGGCCCGAGCCUGCUGGUUUGGGUGCGAUGCGACGCUCAUAUCGUAUGGCUUGGAUGUUGAUUGGCUCAGCGGUAAGAUUGGCCCAAGACAUGGCGUUCAUGGAAAUCAGUUCAUGUACCUUCCUCGCGACCCACAUCGCGGAGAUUAAUUCUGUAAUGAAUAUGAAGAGGCGAAGCAUGUUGAGUCAUUCUCUAGCCGAGGUCGAUAUGCUCACGUACAACAUAUCAGAGGCCGAGAUGGAGCUGCAAGAGGAAAAGGAGUACAACGUGAACAAUAAAUACAGAAACCAAACAAAGGGCCUUGAAUAUCAGCCCUUGCCAUUCACAGAAGUUCAAAGAGCUCAAAUUGAGCUUUUGCAGAUUAUCUCUUUGGGACACGAGUCUUUGUACGGCUAUAAAGCACAAUUAGGCUGUUUGAGCCAAAGACAGAAUCUUGCAAUUCUCAAUAUAAUGAACCCAAUGAUCAAAAAUUGGGGUGUAAAAUACCGCAAUCUCCUUAUACCAACAAGGUCAAAGAACAUCCAUGAGUUACAAAAUAACGAGGUCAAGAAUCUAAGUGGACCUGCCCUUGAAAAAGUGCAUCAACUUGUAUGGAAUGAAUCUUUCAUAUUUGAUUUCAACUACACGAAGUUGUACAUAUUUUCCUUGGCCUUAAGUCCCUCGCCCGAGUCAAAUGGCGACCUGAAGGAGGGAAAGAUUGCACUUAAACUUGACGAAAUUUCUAAGAGCGCAAAGUAUAUUGAACUGGCUUUCAAUUCUGCAAACGAAAUUUUACAAGUGGCACAUAGAGUUCAUAAGCUUCAAAUGUUAAAGUACAUGCCUGUGCGGUGGGUCACGAAAGUUGUGAGGGCUGUUGCCUUUAUCGUGAAAUGUUACUUAACAAUUACGGCACAUAAAUCAGCAGAAGCGAUGGAUAGAGCUCCUUCUAGCUCAGAGGAUUUUGACUCAACUGUUCUUUCAUUAUCCCUCAUCUCUGUCGAUCAAAUCGUUAAGAGCAUAUACGAUGCAGCAGUCACUUUGCGAGAUUGUUCUCCAGACGAAUUGCAUCUAUGCUCAAGCUACUCCAAAAUUUUAUUCUAUUUAUAUUCUGAGAUGAAACAAUCCAAUUCACGUUCCGUGAACGAAUUGAACCCGAUUUCAUCAGACCCACAGCAAUCCUACCCUCAACAAAGCCUGGCACUGAACGAUGUAAAAACAGAAAGUGAGAUAAACGAGCCCAAAGAGGUUCGGAUAUCUCCCCCCGACAACAUCACGGAAAUGGGUUUCGUUCCUGAAAAUGACCUCAUGGAUUGGUUCAUUAACAACAGAGAUAUGGGUGGAUUGGACUUUGUUGGUCCUUGGACUGAAUUAAUUGAGCAGCAACUCGAGAGCGGCAAUUUCGAGUUUUAG